GCGGCGGGCGCGACAGCGCGAGCGGUCCAGCGUCGAGUGGCGGAGCAGCACUCGAGGGUCGUCAAGUGCAAGAGCGAGCGAGGGCAAGGCGGGCAGCGCUGGACAGCAAGGAGCAGCAGCAGCAGCAGCAGCAGCGGAGCCAGGGGGAGGCGCUGGACCGCGACAAGACGGAGGCGCAGAGGGCAGCGGACGACGCCGCGGCUGCGGCGGCCGUCGAGUCGGACGCAGACGCGACGCUGCUGCUGGGCCGGUCCCCGCAGCGGCUGGCCUCCAGCCUGCGCGGGCUCUUCGCCACCGCCAAGUUCGACACGACAGGUUGCCCGCCCCGCCCUGCCACGACCACGACCAUGGCCGGCUGAAGUGCCGCCGUUCCCACCCGGCGCCGGUUUCCGCCACGCAGAGGCGCUAUGGCCGCACUAGGAGUCUACUAGCGCCAGCGGCAGCAGCAGCUCCAGCGCCGUCACCAUGAGCCUGCCGGCGCGCCUGCGGGGAUGGCUCACCGGCUUCGCGGCCAUCGCGUCGGUGCCCAUCCCCUUCGCCGACCUGCGCUCCGCCAUCUGGGCCAAGCUGCACGAGCCCAAGUCGCAGCGCAAGCUCAUCCUUGUUAUCGUGUCGAUCGCACUACUGCUCGACAACAUGCUCUAUAUGGUGAUCGUGCCCAUAAUCCCCGACUACCUGCGCUACGUUGGCGCUUGGGGUCCACCUCCUACGGUUCCGCCCCCGGACCCCAACGCGACGACCACAGUGGCACCGCCCAAAGGUGCACCAGUGCAUCGGGACCACCACGGACAGGACUCCGCCACGGGGAUCUUGUUCGCCAGCAAAGCCAUGGUGCAGCUUAUGGUGAACCCGUUUUCUGGGGCCCUUAUAGAUCGCAUUGGCUACGACGUGCCCAUGAUGAUCGGCUUAACCAUCAUGUUCCUGUCGACGGCAGUGUUCGCCUGCGGACGUAGCUACGGCGUACUCUUCUUUGCGCGUAGCUUGCAAGGCGUGGGAUCUGCCUUCGCAGACACAUCCGGUCUCGCGAUGAUCGCCGAUCGUUUCACGGAGGAGUCAGAGCGCUCCAAAGCCCUGGGUAUCGCUCUCGCCUUCAUCAGUUUCGGCUGCCUCGUGGCACCACCAUUUGGAGGAGCGCUGUAUCAGUUCGCUGGAAAGGAGGUUCCCUUCCUGGUACUGGCUUUCGUUUCUCUCCUAGACGGUUUCAUGCUUCUUCUUGUCAUGAAGCCAAUCAAAGAGCAGAUCAAAGAUUCACAGCGGGAGCGUGUCGCAGGAACUCCAAUAUGGAGGCUCUUCAUCGAUCCUUACAUCGCUGUGUGUUCUGGAGCACUAAUGAUGUCCAAUGUAGCGCUCGCUUUCCUCGAACCUACAAUUUCCCUCUGGAUGGAGGACAAUCUGACGACGGAUAACUGGAAGAUCGGAAUGAUCUGGCUGCCAGCAUUCUUCCCUCACGUGUUCGGCGUUGCCCUGACUGUGAAGAUGGCAAAACAAUAUCCUCAGUACCAGUGGUUAAUGGCGGCUGGUGGUCUCGCUCUAGAAGGUCUCUGUUGCUUCAUAAUCCCAUUUGCCACGUCGUACAAAGCGCUCAUGGUUCCCAUAUGUGGCAUAUGCUUCGGUAUUGCGCUGAUAGACACCGCGCUCCUACCUACACUUGGCUAUCUUGUGGAUGUGCGCUACGUCUCUGUGUACGGAAGUAUUUACGCUAUCGCAGAUAUCUCAUACUCGGUGGCAUACGCAGUGGGUCCCGUUAUAGCGGGCGGUGUCGUCGAAGCAAUCGGCUUCACAGCUCUCAACGUUGGUAUUGCUUUCGCAAACCUACUAUACGCCCCUGCAUUGAUGUAUCUCAGGCACAUUUAUGACUUCAAGCCGUUGGAGAACGAGGCAAAUAUACUGGUGGGAGAUCCGCCCGACAAGCAGUAUCAGACCUACACGAUGCAAGACCAACGACCGGUUUCUACAGACCUCAAAAAUCAUCUUGAAUACUCUCGUUUUCAAGAGGAUGAAUCACAAGGUAUUCAGGAGACGAAUGUCGACAAGGCAUUAGAGGCAAAUGGGUAUGCCCCCACAGUUACAGGAGGAUACUACCAGCAAGACCAGCCUCCACAACAACAGUAUGCUCAGGAUCCAAGUUACCAGCCUCAAGUAAAUCAGAGUCAAGCUUUCCAGUCACAACAACCAGCAGGAGCGCAAUCGUACCACACCGCACCAGUCCAGCAAAGCUACCAGCCAGCGGCACCGACUCAGCCAUUCCAGUCGCAAAGUGGGUACCAGGCUCAAGCAUAUCAGAGUCAAGGCUAUCAGCAACAAGGUUACCAGGCCCAACAGCAGGGAUACCAUCAACCACAGAACUACCAAGUGCAACAGGGCUACCAACCGUCAACUCAGGCCUACCAGAGGCCUACAGCGAGCGUUGCGAGGUCGUCACAAGAUCAGGCUCCGGCUAGGCAAACGGACACGAACCCGUUUAGGGUGGCAGCGAGUGAACCACCGCCUGUGCAACAGCCCCAGCCCCUAAGUGACAAAAACCCCUUCAGGCAGGGCUUUGGCUAUUAGAAUGUAAAAAUUAUGGCGUUCGGUAAUGAAGACUGAUACUCCCCUAUCUACGUGUGUGUGUGAAUAUGUUUAUGUGUCUGUGUGCACGUGCCGGGGAAAGGCAUGGAAAGACAAAGAACAAAGAUGAGGUUAGACGAAGCAUGAAAGUGAAUGUGGUAAUAUAACUUAGGAUUUAAGCAAUAAACGAGUGUUUCUUUCUUUCCACUGGAUCCACGAAAUUUUUCUUUGGGAUUCGUGAAAUUCAAAACUCACAAUGUAACGUUCAUCGUCACUGGAAGCGAAAAAGUGGAAGUAAUGUGAUAAGAAUGUGAACUCGUCGAAUUUAACUUUUGUUAAACAUACUACAUCAUAUCAUUCCAUCCUCACUGGUUUAAAUUUAGAAAUAAGUCCUCUGGAACCGUGUAUUCAUAUUAUUUUGGUUUAUGAAGAUCAGCAAUAAAUUUCAUCCUAGCAUCUGGCCAUGCGAACGACAGCAAAAUGAAGCAUUAUGUGGCGAAGAAUGUACUGAUUUGUAGAUCAUUCACGAACUGCUGCACCUCAAAAACACUAGUGUUGAUUCCGUAAUAUUCUGAGAAGUCUCAGUAAUGUCCGCCUUUAUUUUUAGAGACGUGUAGGUUAUUGGAGCACUUUGAUGUCUGCUACUGAAUAUAUGGAUUCAUUUACGGUAUGGAGCUUAGUUAGAUUGUACAAAAUGAUUUUCAGAGUUAAAAAGACACUCGUGAAACAUAUCGUUCGCGUAUUCAUAGAUAGUGUUACUUGUUUUUGUAAAGAAACUUAGGUGAACACAAUUGAUCAUUUUGAAUAAUCGUUGUUAUUGGACAUAUAUUUAUAUAAAUAUAUAUAUAUAAUUAUGUAAAAAAUAGUGUAUAGGUUUUUAAAUGAUGUAACUAUGUAUAUAGACAAGCUGAAAAUUAUUUCCUUCCUAAAUCAUACACUAGGAGACUUGACUUUUGUUCUAUGGUAUUAGCAUCAGUAGAUGUAAAACCUGAUGUAUUUUGUUUUGUAACACAUAGAACAUAAGUUUUAUACAGAGGUUCCAACGUCAUGGUCCCUUUGAAAGUUGUAUAUAAGAUAUCGUUUAUGUUACUUUAGCUGAACUUCUUACAUUUGUCGCUAUCUUCAAUGACAAACAACCAAGAAUUACGUACAUAUCAUGUGGAAACUAUAUCGUAUAGCUGUUAAGAUGUGUGAUAUUUCCAGUGUUACGCGACAAUUUGUACUGGCUCUCAAUGUAGUGAUACUGUUAUGGAUAGUUAGCUCUAUGUACAUAUAUAUAAACACAUAUAUAUAUAUGUUAGAGAGUUUAUAUAUCACUAUGUAACAAACGGCGCACGUAAAGCAAGGUCUAGGCUGUAGAAAAGAUCUCCAUACAAUGGCGAAUGACAUUUAUAGAAAAAAAGUAUGUUGCAGUUCUGUUCCAUCUGCUAGUUCGUUACUUGUUUUAAAAAUGUACGCUUUCUAACCGUGAAUUCAACAGUCCUAAAUAUGUUAUAUCAAUUAUUUUAAGCUUCUGUGUCCAAAAUGCUGUUUCGUUAUGUAGUAUAGUGUUUCAGCCUUACGGUUAACUUUCAUUAAAAUUCAGCUUCUUGGAUCGAGAAGAUACUACCCAGUUUCUGUAUUACCAGGGCGAUGUAUGGGCACAUUAUUUUUCAGAUUGAGUUUUGGGAAAGUAGUAACGUAAUUUGUGACGCCUUAUUCUGUAUAUAUUACGCCGAUGUUAACAUUGGACCAACUCCUGAAGUAAGAGCCCUCUUAUGGAUUGCAUAACGUUAUUUGAUUUCUCUAAAAAAAGCACUUUAUUUUUCUACGUAUUUAGUCUUUUUCCAUGUGUGGUAUUUAAUUAUGGUGUUCCCAUGCAAUAAACUCGUUAACAUAAUCUGGGAAUGAUACAUAUCACUCAUAUUUCUAGAAAAUUUAGAUUCAACUAAAUGUUUCGUAGCGUCAAACAAGAGUAAAAAUUUUGUAUAAUAGUGGCAGUAGAGGCAGAAUAUUAUGAAACAAAUUUUAAUCAUUGCAACUAAAAAACUAGUAACGACGGUGUAUAUACAGCAAAUCGGAGCGAAAAAUCGGUAGAUUCCUUAUGAUGCACGCAGUCUUAGUUUUAAGACCCUUAACUACUUAGCUAUAUUCUGUUACUUAAUUGCAGUUUCACUUUUUUCCUGUGCCUUAAGAUGACACAAAAGCAAAGUCCACAGUGACUUACCAGUUGAUUCCGGCAAAGUCUAAAUUCCUCUCCAGUAGAUGUCUUAGUUGAAGUCACUGUGGAUGUAUGUUAACAUAAGGAAGCUGUUAAACUGCUGCAGUCCAUUACUAUAAUGUAGUACUUAAAUAAUUUUAUUAUUCUGUACUAGCACGAGUUUCGAAAUUUGGCUGUCCAUAUCAAAUGUCUGCAGUACAUUUGUAAAAAUGAAUAACUACGUUUCUCGUAAGUUAGGGGUAAUAGUGACAUUAACCAGAAAAAAUAAAACGAUUUCAGGAAUGAUCACGGAGUUCAUAGUUAUUCACAAGUGAAAUGAGGUUAUGUGAAAAUGUCACCGGGUUCGUCGUCCUCCUCCCAAAAAAAAAAAAAUGGACUUGUUCGGAGACGUAACAUUAAAGCUUCACAAUACACUGUUUUACAAAUGUCAGCUGAUGUCCAUAAACAUGUGGCAGCCGUCUGAUAAAUUCGAAACCACUCGUGGUGGCCGCGAUAAAUUGUUUUAAGCGUUAUACCAAUUUUAAUUGUUGAUACCUUGUUCAGAACCGUCUUUUUUGGGAAGAUAAUGUUACUUCUUACGUAAAAGGUAUUAUUGUAUUAAGAAAAACAAUUGCUGUACAUAACAAAAAUGUUUUCAAAGGCAAACCUCUUUAUUCGUAGUAACUUCAUUAACACACACUUCCAGAAUGUGAGUUUUAAAUAUUAUGAAUAUAUGAGUUCUUAUUUUUUAUUGCCCAUUAAAAUGCUCCACAUUUCAUAAAUUGCAUAAUUGUCAGCAGUACACAGCCGGAGAUAUCGGAACCGCAUUCAACGUUUGUAAGAGCUCUUGACACCAACACCUGCAGUGGCUUUAGUAAGCCUAGCACUAACGUUGGUGCACUAACGUUGGUGCUGUCCACGUUAUGGAAAAAAGAAAAACACACACAUGCACACUCACUGCAGAAUUUAAGAUAACAUCGAAAGUCUACAAAAGUAGUGUCUGAAGGCUUUAUCUUUCUGUGUAAGUUGUAGCCGUAGGAAUCAUGUAGCUAUUUCCUUCACCAGUGAAGCUGAACUGUCAGGAUACUGUUGAGUGAAGGUUGGAUGUGGCUGAUGUACUUCUGUACUGACUUCCGUAGGCUGCAAUUGUUGAGUGUGGUUGAGUGCUGAAAUGGGUUCAGUGUGACUGUAAAUGGAACUCUGGAAACACAGGCACAGGAAAUAUUAAGACGUUUUAUUUAACAACAGAAAAAUAAAAUUCACUUUACAAAUUAACUACCAGGUCUUUAUACAACACAAACUUCUUUCAGGUAACAAGUCAUUUAUAUGAAUUAAAACAGUUUUCGGUUAAACUACAAACUAAACACAUUAAAAAUAAUUUAGAGGAAUCCACUUUAGUUGUACUAAUUAUUUAUUGUAACCACGACUGAUUUCUGGAUUUUAAAAUCCCAUAUUCAGGUGUGUGAAAUUAUUGUGUUUGGUAAAACACAUCAUGCGGUCGUAUCAGUCAGUGCAAGUGCUCCAAUCACUGCAUGUUCCUACCGGUGCGGCGCCCCGGCGGCGGACAGCUUCUGCCAACAUGCAGUAAUUGGAGCUCUUGCACUGAGUCAUCCGACCACAAGUUGUGUUUUACCAAAUACAAUAAUUUCAUGUUCCUGAACCGGUUGUCCUUUCAAUAAAUAAUUAAUACAACUGAAGCGGAUCUCUCUUAAUUAAUUACCAUGCCUCUCAGUUCUGGAUGUUCUACAUACCAUAUCUUGUGAAAUUAAACAUCACUACUGUUGCAGUCACUGUUGACUAAUUAAGUAGCACACCGCAAUUCACCAGCACCCUUUUGUCCUCACUGCCUUAAAUAAAUGAAUCAGUUAUAAAUAGGAGUGUGUAAUCUCUCAUCUUUCUCACAUUUCUUUCGGUACAAACGCUUGUUUGGUACGUACUCUGUCUGACAUUUUUCGUUAACAUGAAGCAAUGUUUUACAAAUUUUUUCGUUACCUCUACUCAUAACUAGAUGAUCAUUAAUAUUUGUCAUUACUUAAAUGAGAGAUAUAGAAAAAUUUUCAGGACAAAGUCACAUCAUCUGACUGUUUGAGUAGAAUCAGUAUUCAUAUUUAGGUUUGCCGUAUUUGUGAAAAAUUACAAAUAGUCACUUUAGUUUACUACUUGUGGGAAGAAAGAUUUGUUACUUAGUUUACUGCACGUUGACACUGCGAAUAACAUGUGCUUUGACUGGAAAAUUACUACAUUGUGUAGAACAUUUAAAGACAUAACUGAGCCUGUUAUAUAAUAGUCUUUGUCUGAAGAUGAAGACGCACCAUUAACAUUAAACUAUUUAACAAUACAAAUGCAACAGGUAUAUCUUACACAACAAUUUCCUUCGGAGUUGUUAUUUCCUCAGUGACGAGACUAACGACGAUAUAAGGAAUGGUUUUCCUUACGAGGUUCAGAGAAGGAAAACAGAAGCCUACAUGUUCACACUAUCCCCUGUUAAGCUAAAAAUUUACUACAAUACAAUGAUAUUUUUUGUAAGCAAAUUAAAUAAUUAAUUUUCUUUCUUUUUCUAUACUAAAUCACACUGAUUUCCCUAGCCCUAAUUCUAAUACGCUACAAUAUUUCUCUUGCGUAUGUGUAUAAAUAAUACAGUAUCAAUACUGAGCUCCAUAUGUAACGUUCAAAACAGAACUCAAUUCUAUCGCAUUUCGUAGAUCCUCCUUACAAAAACUGAUGUAUGAAAGAGCUUUCAGUUCUCAUUAUAUUACUUGACCUAUGCCUGACCCAGUUCCAAAGUUCCAUUUCAGUUUUGGAGCCCUAUAUUUUUACAUGUUUGACAUUGAAACAAAUGUGUGUUUACUUUAUCCUUAUAGUUAAUAAAUACAGUUAUUGUAUGUAUUAAUAUGUACAUAGUUGUUAAAAUUUGGUCAUUCGCUUUUUCUGAGACAUUUGAGACUUACAAGGAGUACAUCGCGAAUGUGUAGCAGUCUCACGUCAGAAACCCAAUUCCCUAAAACAAAUGUCCGUUUCUAAAAGUUUAAGGCACUAAACCAUUGAAUAACUCUGUGUAUCAUCACAAAUUUUACGACAAGUUUUCCAGAGAGUUGUUUUAGAUCUAAGGAAAUGAAAUCUGCCUGAAAAUGGCCUCUUAGACGUUCUGCGCAGGCGCAACCGUUAUUGUUUCUUUCGUAGAAAGGACUUCCUUUGUAUAUUACUGAUUCGUGUACAUAUAUUUUCAAAGUAUCUGUGAUUUAUUGAUGCGUACAUGCAUGCUACGUUGGUUCACAUGUGUAAGAGACUUUCAGAAGGACUUUCAACUGUAGUAUGUGGCCAAGGAGACUUUAUAACGUGUUACCUCAAUAAAGACCAACCGAUCAGAGCACGACCAUGGCGUACACCUCAAUAAUUUCCUUCGAAUCCCUCUUAUAAAUGUUUUUCAGUAAAUAAUAAACCAUUUGCUGUACCAGUUAAAAGUUAAUAAAUACCUUUUGGCAGCUGCUAAAUAUUUAUAAAUAUAUAUUUAUUCUAUUACAUGCGUUUUGUUUUAUUGAUUCAGAUAGUCCUCAAUGGUCGAUAAAACGAAUUGCGUAUGGUAAAAUAAAUACGCAUGUUUUAUCAGUCGCAAAGACUGAUAUUAAACACGUUUAAUAAUUGCAAAGCCAGUGCGGAGUGCGGACGCUAUGGACACACCAAUGGACAUUUAAUAUACUCCAAGAAAACGUAAUACUCGUAUUACAUUUAACUUCGUUGCAACUUUUUGUGUUUACUUUUGUAGCGACUCAGCUUCCGUAUUAGAACUUUAAUUUGUGUGUGUUCCGGUAGAAGACGGCACAAUUGAUGAAAAUCGGAAAUAUAACUGAACUGGCAUAAAUAUUCCAAAAUGGGUAGGGGAGAGUGUAAUACUUCUUAAGUGAUGGCACUCAGUUUAUGUGCACUGCUGUCUUUUUCUGAAAUUACAAAAAUUAUCUCUUUCCAAAUGUGAAAACAUGUUCCCAGGAACAACUUACUAAUGUUCCUAGGAAUAAAUAUUCGACUGAAAUUUAAAUGUGCUGAAAUUGAGAAAGUAUCAGUACUGUAUUUAACAGUCUGUCUACUACAUUAUUACUUUACUACGCACCAAAAACACAAAGUGCACUCAGAUGAAACAGAAAUACAAUCAACAUCUAGUUAAAUACAUUUUUAAAGAGAAAGUAUUGGAAACUAUCACAGAUUUCUAUUUUCAAUACAGAUAAAAUUGUUAAGACAUUAAAGAAACACAGUUAAUUUGCGAGUGUCACAUGUUCAAUAGUGAAAGACCUUUUAUAUCAAGAUGCAAGAUACUGUAUGACGGAUGAAGUAUGGCUUAAAAGGUCAUAUAAAUAGCAUUUUACUUACCAUUAAAUAUUGUAGCGGAAGAACUGACAAUACAUAUAAUAGUGUUAACCCUCACAGUACAAAGGGGGACAGGUUACAUUAUGCCCACCUUUUGAAUAUAUUGUAAUGUGGUCUGUCACAUUACAUUUUAAAAUUUUGAAAAAUUAUAGGUUGGUAGCACACUUUAUUGAGAGUGUAUUGACAUUUCUAAGAUGUGCGAACGGACCCUAAUUCCCGCUAUAAAAAGUGUAUUGUUAUGUAAUCCAAAGGAAUUAACGAAUCUUUUUGGACGGAAGCUAGGCAUAAAGUACCCCCCUCCACCCCCGGUAUUGCUAGGAUUCACAGAUUAUACAGCACUUAAAUGUAUAGAAUGUGAAAUGUUUACAAGUGCUGCGCAAAUCAAAACUUCAUUUCUAACAAGAACAAAAAUUGUAGAAAAUGGCGGAAACUGUUAUUGGCGGUCUCUAGUGGGCAUUCUUUCAUGCGAUUUGAAAGUCAAUUACUAGACUGAAGUACCGAUCAAAAGACUGGUGUGCUGUAGGUACAAUACUCUCUAGGUACAACACUCUCUCCUACCGAAACGGAAGCGUUGACACAUACGUCGAACAUGGUACACUGAAGUGGAAAAAUACGAAUGCUUAGUGAAAAUGUUGGUCACGAUAAGUACAGAAGUACUCUCAUUUUCGCACGGAUAUGUGUUUCUGUUGGAAUUGUUAACGACAGGGAAUGAGGUCGAUUUUUCUUGUAUGUGCGACUAACAUAAUAAUAAACAAUACCACGUGAAAAUGAAUUAAUACAAAAUGACAUCAAAUACCACAUAAAACGUUACUCAUAAGGAGCAUACAGCCAACUCACUUACACACAUAUCUUUUCAGAGUUUUAUGUGUAGCUGAACUGUUGUGUAUUUACUAGGAAGACCGUUUUGAUUCAACUUGUCAUGCUAACCAGUCCUGCGUAAGCAUCUUCAUCUACGAAUAUGGACAUGUAGUGCAAGUUUCAUGCAUCUGAUACUUGCUUAAGACAGACUCGCCUUGGACUUCCUCUUACAAUUUUUAACUCACUCAUUUCCCUCGAUUACCGAAUAAACUAUGCCUUGAUAGUGCAGGAAGUGCCCUGUCCAUCUGUCCCUUUUUUUAGUCAAAUUCAUCACGACUUGACUCACUAUCUCUUCAUUCGUUAUCCAAUCUACGCAUCUACUCAUCACCAUUCUUCUGUAACACCACAUUUGAAAAGCUGUUUCCUCUUCUUGACUCCCAGGUUCAUAUCUUUGAUACAGUUUCAGAAGAUAGUACCUAACCUUUAAAUUUGUAUUCAGUGCCACCAUUCUUAUUUUUUCAGAAAACUUCUUGCUAUUGCGAUUCUGCAUCUUAUAUACUCUUUACUUUGCAUGCAUAUAGCAACACUCGUGUAUUGCUAUUAUUGUCAUUUACUAAUCUGAAUCCUUCAGCGUCACGUGAUGUAAUUCGAUUACGUCAAGAUACCCUUGUUUAAAUAUCACUGAUAUUGAUCGAGGGAAAUGAACUGGUCGUGUGGCAUUGUUGGCCGGGAGGCCCCAUCUGGGGAAACCCUGACCGUGACGGUAUCCAUUCCGCUGGACUUAUCUUUAAUUCUUUUGCCGUCUCUGGCAGAAUUUCCAUUUUAGCAGAAAACCUGAAAACUUUUAUUUCUUCUCCUUUCAGAUUAAAACUCAAUUUCCUUUCCUAAUUUCUCCUUGGUUUGCUUCACAGGUUCCUCAAUCCACAGAUUGAAUAACAUUGAGAAUUGGCUACAGCGCUGUCUCACUCCCUUCGAAACUAUUGCUUCCCUGUCAAGCCCCCGACUCUUAUAACAGCAGUCUAGUUUCUGUUAAAGUUGCAGAUAAUCUUUGACUACCAGUAUUUUAUGUCGAUGCCCAAGUCACAAAAGUCAAUAAAUUUAUGAUCAUAGAAUCCUUUCGUAAUGGUAACAGUUGAAUUUAUCUCUUUUUUCGGGAGGUGGGGGGAGGGGAGAACGAUACACUUAGCAAUGAGCGUAUCUAAAAUAAGAUCGCGUAAUCUCUUAAAGAACACCGUCUUCGACCGUUUUCAACACACGCGAGUUAUUUACUUUUCACAACAAUCCAAAAUGACGCAUGUCUUCCCCUAACUGGAGAAAACUGUCUCUCCGACGCUGCAGUCUGCAUUGGCCAUGAGUGUUUGGGAACCGGUCAACGCACUCGCCGCGCGCUCUGAAUGGUCGGCUCUCCUGUGCGCUCGGCAGACCUGCGCAGCCCACACAUAACGCCGGAUGUACGAGAAGGGGGAGCGGGAUCGACUCUCUCUUUCCACAGCGAAUGUCAUUCUUUGUUGAUGUUAUUGUUCUAGACAAAUCUUUAACGUUAACGUAGAGAUUUAUCAGAAAAAAUGUGUGUUAAUAAAUUAUGGUGCUGUCUGAGAAAAAUAAAUGUUUCUUUU